AUGGCGGCCAGGCUCAUGCACAGGUUAAACGGAUUGUUUUGUGUUUACAAACCUCCGGGAGUUCACUGGAAGCUGGUGCGGGACACAGUGGAAACCAAUCUUCUCAAAGACAUAAAUGCAGCAGGAGUCAGUCCUGUUCCACAAGAAGUGCGAGGUUUUCUUUCCAACGACUUUGAAGAAGAAGUUCCCAAGGCACUCAUCCAGUCAGCUGCUAAUGCGCCGAUUCUGUCCAAGCAUCCUUUAGUUACUGGUCCUGAUUUUCACCGUAUUAAGGUUGGAGUGGGCCAUCGCCUGGAUGCUUUUUCGUCAGGUGUUUUCGUUCUAGGAGUUGGAAAUGCAAACAAAUGUAUUUCUGAUUUUUAUACUUCUCGGGUCACAAGGGACUAUACCGUUAAGGGUGAGUUUGGAACAGCAACCAACGACUUUUCAAGUGAAGGCAGGACAAUAGAAAGAUCCACUUAUGAUCAUCUCACUCAGGAUAAACUUGAAAAAGUCUUGGCAAUGCUGCAGGGAGCCAAUCAAAAGGCACUGUUAAUGUAUUCAAGAGUAGAUAUGCGCUCACAAGAAGCAUAUGAAAUGGCAGUUCAAGGCCGACUGGGACCAGAGGAAAAGUCUGUGCCAAUUAUUUUAGGCCUGCGCUGCAUUCACUUUGAACCUCCCAGUUUUACUUUAGAGGUCCAAGUUAUAAAUGAAACACAGAAAUAUCUUCGUAAGGUAGUGCACGAGAUCGGACUGGAGUUGCGCAGCACAGCGGUUUGUAAAAGCAUUCGACGGACUAGAGAUGGACAUUUCACCGUGCACCACGCUCUCACACGGAACCAGUGGACUGCUGCAGACGUUAUGAAAGCCAUCCAACAGCACCACACGAGUCAGAAGAGAAGGGAUGCCACAAAACAAAACAGCCUGGAUGUGGAGGAAGGAGUUAUACACACCAGUCACGUCACGACAGACACUGUUAAUACAAAAAAUAUUUGA